AUGAGUGGAAGGGUCGGUGAUCUCAGCGCUGUACAAGCCACUGCCCUACAAACAUUCAAAGAAAAUAUUAAAGAUGUCCUGAAACCAAGCCAUGAUGAUUACUACCUGCUCUGCUGGCUCAGAGCCAGGAAUUUUGAUCUCAAGAAGUCGGAAGAAAUGUUUAGAAAUGACGUUAGUUGGAGAAAGAAAACAGGUGCAGACACAAUCCUAGAAAGCUAUAUGAUUCCAGAGAUCGUCAGUAAGUACCUAACAGGGGGACAUUGUGGCUAUGACAAGUUAGGCAACCCCAUCUGGAUUGACCCAUUUGGAAGGAUUGACAUUAAGGGUAUCUUGCGGUCUGUCAAGAAAUCAGAUGUAAUUAAGACUCAGGUGCAUCGCUUUGAAAAACUGAGAGAUGUUCACAUAGAACAGACAGAAAAACUUGGACACAAAGUGGAUGAGGUAAUAGUGAUCUAUGACCUUGAAUACCUCGGAAUGAAACAUCUAUGGAAGCCUGGAGUGGACGUAUUUUGUGAAAUCGUUGAUAUGUUUGAGUGGCACUACCCGGAAACUCUCAAGCUUGUCUUCGUUAUCAAUGCUCCAAGAUUUUUUCCAAUAGCCUACAAUAUUGUCAAACCAUUUUUGUCUGAAGCCACUGCAAGUAAAGUCCGAAUAUUUGGAACAAGUAAUUACUCCAGUGCUCUACUACAGUACAUAGAUGCUGACCAGUUACCAAAAGUAUAUGGUGGCACCAGGACCGAUCCUCCUGGAGACCCACGCUGUAGUGCUCUGGUGUGUCAAGGAGGAGAUGUGCCAAAAGAUUUCUACUCUAAAGUCAGUAUUAAUUCACUUGACAUGGAGAAGUACACUGCGGUUACUAUAGGUCGGGGGUCCUCCAUACAAGUAGACUUGACGGUGAAUGAACCAGAUAGUGCCAUCAGGUGGCAGUUUAUCACUGAAGGAUAUGACCUGGGGUUUGGAGUGUACAAGCGGACCAAGGACAGCAGACAGAAGGCAAACGACAUGGAACAAGUGAUCCCAUCUCAACGUGUCAACAGCCACAUUUUCCCUGAGGACGGUAGUGUCAUCAUCCAAGAACCUGGCACAUAUGUUGUGAGAUUUGAUAAUACCUACAGCUGGACAAGAAGUAAGAAGAUUUAUUAUAUUAUAGAGAUGUUAGAACCGGACACAGAAGAUGAGUUUGAGCUGGCUAGUGAAAGUCCUACUGGGUGUUAA